AGUAAAAAACAAAAUGGCGUUUGACGGAGAAGGAAUAAACGUUGCCACUGGCCAUUAUUAUUUCUGUAUUUGUAUUUAGUGCAUACAUGUACGCAUAUAUGUCGUGUGGUUGUGCAUAUAUGUCGUGUAGUAGAUGAAACAUUGUUAGUCAUUGUUUGUAUCCGGAUACAUUAGUCUGAGCGCACUUUAUCGCGUCUUGUGCUAGUUAGCUUAGCUUGUUAGCUGCUAACAACGAGACGCGGACGUUAUCAACACAUCGCUAAGUAGAGAUCAAAUGUGAGUGUAAAGUGUUGUGAUUGUGUGAAAAUGUGCGAAAGAACCAGAGCAAAGUAUGAGGAAGACCUUUGUCCAACAAAAGAGGAGAAGGAGCGACAACAUCAACUACUGGACGCUGUUUUCAAGAAACAUCAAGUUGUGUUACACAGAACAGACGUCCAGCAGCCCCCUCACAUUAAAGAGGAAGAGGAGGAAGUGUGGAUCACUCAGGAGGAAGAGUGUCUUCUAGGGCAGGAGGAGGCUGAUCUCAGCAAGUUUCCACUGACUGUUGUCUCUGUGAAGACUGAAGAGCAUGAAGACAAACCACCUGAGUCCUCACAGCUUCAUCAUAGUCCAAAUGUCUGUGAAGAACAACUUCUGCCUGAAAAACAAGAGUGUAGCUUUGGGAUGGUGAAGGAGGAUCCAUCAAAGAGGAAGACCAGGCGCCACGAAUCUUCUGGCGUCUCCUCUUCCUCUUUGACACAGGCCCUUCCCUGUAAAAAGGAAGAGGAAGACUCACUGACCCCCCACAUUAAAGAGGAAGAGGAAGAACACAGCAUCAGUCAGGAGGGAGAUCAUCUUGAAGGACUGGUGGAGUUCCCAGUGACUGGUGUCCCUGUGAAGAGUGAAGAUGAUGAGGUCAAAGGUGAAGGUGAGGAGAGGAGAGAGGCAGAGCCUCCAAGCAGCAGCUCAACACAACACAUGACAACAGAAGCUGAUGGAGACCACUGUGGAGGAUCACAAGCAGACAAGCUCUUAGCUCCACUAUCAGAUAGUGAGGACACAACGUCACACUCUCCUGACACUGAUGAUGAAGACUCUAAAGAUGAUAAGACAUGUCACACUGACAACACUCACUUCAAAUGUUCUCACUGUGACAAAACCUUUAAAUUGCCUUGUUAUCUGAAAAGACACAUGAGAAUACACACUGGAGAAAAACCUUUUAUAUGUUCAAUCUGUGGUAAAAGUUUUACACACAGUCAACAUUUGAUAAGACACAUGAGAACACACACUGGAGAAAAACCUUUUUCCUGUUUAACCUGUGGUAAAGGUUUUACACACAGUCAUGAUUUGAAAGUACACAUUAGAACACACACUGGUGAAAAACCUUUUUCCUGUUCAAUCUGUGGAAAAGGUUUUACACAAAGUCAGACUUUGAAAAGACACAUGAGAACACACACUGGUGAAAAAUUACAUUCCUGUUCAAUCUGCAACAGAAGCUUUUGUCAACGAUCAACCCUUAGAACACACAUGAGAAGACACUCAGGAGAGAAAGUGUUGAGUUGCAGUGUGUGUGGUGAAAUAUUAUCUUUUAAGAAGCAGUGUAAGAAACACAAGUGUGCUGAUGAGAACAGCAGGAGCAAUUGAAACUGCAGGAUUUGAAAUAAGCUGUCAAGACUUUAAAGGGGAACAUUAUCACCAGACCUUUGUAAGCCUUAAUAUAUACUUUGAUGUUGCAGAAAAAAGACCACAUUUUUUUUUUAACCGAUUUCCGAACUCUAUAAGGGUCAAUUUGACGAUUGAAACGCCUUUCAAUUGUUCGCUGUCAGAGCAAUGACCUUUCAACCGUGACGUUACAACGGGACGCAAUCCGCCAUUUUCUCAAACACAUUACACACACCAAGUCAAAUCAUCUCUGUUAUUUUUUCGGCUGUUUUCCGUAUCUUGGAGACAUUAUGCCUCGUGGGUGUGUUGUCGGAGGGUGUAACAACACGAACAGGGACGGAUUCAAGUUGACUUACUUGGAGUGUGCUAAUCAGACAUAUCAAUGGUCACGGCAUGCUAAUCGAUGCUAAAAUGCUAUUUAGGCUAGCUGUAUAUACAUAUUGCAUCAUUAUUCCUCAUUUGUAGCUAUAUUUGCAUCCAGCCUUUCCUUCCACCCAUAUUUAACGCCAAACAAACACAUACCAAUCGACCGAUUCAAGUUGCACCGCACCAGAAUCAGAAUCAAAAAAGUUUUUAUUGCAUUGCUUGAUAACAGGUUCACAAACUAGGAAUUUUGUUUGGCGCGAUCGUGCAACAUAAAAGACAUAUAACACAGAAUAGAAUUACAUGAGCUGUAACUGGGCUAUCAGAUCCUGUUAUUGUUCACGUGUCUGAUGGCCAAGGGGAAAAAACAGUUUGGAUGGCGGGAGGUGUGGGUCUGUAUGGACCGUAGUCUCCUGCCUGAGGGAAAAGGGAAGAAUAUUUUUUGUCCAGGGUGAGAAGAGUCAGCUGUGAUCCGACCAACACGCCUCCUGGUCCUGGAGGAGAACAGGUCCUGGAGGGGUGGAAGUUUGCAGCCAAUCACCUUCUCAGCAGCAUGUACCAUGCGCUGCAAUCGUUGCUUGUCCCGGACUGUGGCGUCAGGGAACCACACGGUGAUGGAGGAGGUGAGGAUGGACUCGAUGAUGUCUGAGUAGAACUGCACCAGCAUCUCAGUCGGCACUUUCAGUUUUUUCAGUUGCCGCAGGAAGUACAUCCUCUGCUGGGCCUUUUUUGAUGAGGGAGCUGAUGGUCGGCUCCCACUUGAGGUCCUGGGUGAUGGUGGUGCCCAGGAAACGGAUGGAGUCCACAAUGGAGACAGGGGUGGGAGAGUCAAUCAGGGUGAGGGAGGAUGGUGGGGCUGUGACUUUCCUGAAGUCCAUGAUCAUCUCCACUGUUUUCUGGGCGUUCAGCUCCAGGUUGUUGAGGCUGCAUCAGGACGCCAGCCAGUCCACCUCUCUCCUGUAGGCGAACUCGUCGCCAUCCGAGAUGAGCCCGAUGAGAGUAGUGUCGUCCGCAAACUUGAGCAGCUUCACCGACUGGUGACUGGAGGUGCAGCAGUUUGUGUACAGGGAGAAGUGCCAGGGGGAAAGUACACAGCCCUGAGGAGUACCAGUGUUCGUGGUUCGACUGUCCGAGACGAUCUUACCCCAGGUGCACGUGCUGUCUUCUGUCCGUCAGGAAGUCAUUGAUCCACCUGCAGAGGGAGUCGGGUACGCUGAGCUGGUAAAUCUUGUCUCGUAGCAGUCCAGGGAGGAUGGUGUUGAAGGCAGAGCUGAAGUCCACAAACUGGAUCCUCGUGUAGGUUCCUGGGGAGUCCAGAUGCUCCAGGAUGAAGUGGAGGACCACGUUCACUGCAUCAUCCACAGACCUGUUGGCUCUGUAGGCGAACUGCAGUGGGUCCAGGAGGGGGGCGGUGAUGUCCGUAAGGUGGGGCAGGACCAAGUGCUCAAGGACUUCAUGACCACAGACGUCAGCGCCACCGGCCUGUAGUCAUUAAGUCCUGUGAUCCGAGAUUUCUUGGGGAAAGGGACGAUGGUGGAGGUCUUGAAACAGGACGGCACGCGGCAUAGCUCCAGAGAGGUGUUAAAAAUGUCAGUGAAGACAGGAGCCAGCUGAUCCGCACAGUGUUUCAAGGUGGAGGGGGAGACACCAUCAGGCCCGGGGGCCUUCCGCGUGUUUAGCUUCAAGAACUGCCUACGUACAUCCUCUCGGAUGGAGAGGGCCUUUUGUGAGGUCCGGUGAUGUUCUUGGAGUCUUUUAAUGACCUUUGAGUCCUUUAAGUCCUUUAAUGUAGUGCUGGAGUUGUUGGUGGUGGUGGUGGUGGGGGGGAGAGAGUAGAGCUUUGAUGAGCUGAAGGCCGUUCGUGACGACAGUGUGUGUUGAGGUCCUGAGCGAGAGUUCGGUCAAUCAGGGCCUGGGGGGCUUUGGGCUUAUAGUUCGUAAGGGCCCUUAAUCCUCUCCACACAGCUGCAGAGUCAUUGGAGCGGAACUGUUCCUGUAGACGGUUAGAGUACACAGAUUUAGCUUUCUGCACUUCCCUGUUGAAGUGGUCCCCGCUCCUCCACGCAGUGUCCUUUUUCUUGCGCAGUUGUCGGAGCUUGGGUGUGAACCAGGGCUUGUCGUUGUUAUAACAAGCCCUGGUGCGCGUUGGAAUGAUGCGCGCCUCAUUGAACUGUAUGUAUGAGGUCACAGUGUCCGUAUACUCGUCCAGAUUGUCUGUGGCUGGUCCAACUGCCUCCCAGUCUGUCAUCUCCAAACAUGCAAGCAGCUCAUCCACAGCUUCAGCAGUGAAACACUUAAUGGUCCUCAUAACAGGUUUAGCCAUUUUCAGUCUAUGCCUGUUUGAAGGGAUUAAGUGCACCAUCACGUGAUCUGAUAGUCCAAGGGAAGCACGUGGGACUGCAUGAUAUGCCUUGCUUACUGUGGUGUAACUGAUCCAAAAUGUUCUCCUCUCUGGUCGGGCAUUUAAUAAACUGCCUAUACUUGGGUUAUUCCUGGCUCAGAUUUCCCUUGUUGAAGUCACCAAGCACGAUAACAAUAGAGUCCAGAAAAGGCCGUUCCACGUGUAAGUUCUGGUCUGCAAGCGUGCGUUGAGCGUCACGCACGUCCGCGCUGGGCGGUAUCUAGGCAGCCACCAGAAUGAAUGAAACAAUCUCACGCGGUGAGUAAAAGGGCUUACAGUGAAUGAAAAGAUAUUCCAGAGCAGGAGAGCAGUGUUGGGAUAUCACCGUCACGUCUGUACACCAUUUGCUGUUGAUAAAGAAGCAGACUCCACCGCCUCUUUUUUUUGCCGCAGAGCCGCGCAUCUCAGUCCGCGCGGAGAAGAUGAAAGCCCUCCAGUUGAACCAGUGGUCAAAAGAUGCGAAAGUCCCUCGCACACUUUACCGACGAUAGCGAUGCUACGACAGAGAUGGCACAGAGAUGUGUGGAUAUACUACGACACUCAAAGCAGAUUCAUUUCCAACGAUUAGGUCAACAAAAUCACAAAGGUGAGUUUUGUUGAUGUUAUUGAAUUAUGUGCUAAUCAGACAUAUUUGCGCACGGCAUUACUGCAACCUAAUCGAUGCUAACAUGCUAUUUAGGGUAGCUGUAUGUACAUAUUGCAUCAUUAUGCCUCAUUUGUAGCUAUAUUUGUAUCCAGCCUUUCUCUCCACCCACAUUUAAUGCCAAACAAACACUUACCAAUCGACGGAUUAAAGUUGCACCAGUUGUCAAGAAAUGCAAUCGUUGGUUAGAAGGCGAUCGCCGAAUUCGUCCUCGUUGCCGCCGUCUGUUGUGAUUUGGCUCAAUAGCUUCAGUUUCUUCUUCAAUUUCGUUUUCGCUAUCUGCCUCCACACUCCAACCAUCCGUUUCAAUACAUGCGUAAUCUGUUGAAUCGCUUAAGCCGCUGAAAUCUGAGUCUGAAUCCGAGCUAAUGUCGCGGUAUCCUUCUGUUCUAUCCGCCAUGUUUGUUUGUAUUGGCGUCAUGCAGUGACGUCACAGGAAAAUGGACAGUGUCUUCGCAGAGAGUGAAAAAAAGGCACUUUGAAGCUUGUUUUCGGGAUAUUGGGUAAUGGGUAAAAUUUUGAAAAAAACUUCGAAAAGUAAAAUAAGCCACUGGGAACUGAUUUUUAUUGGUUUUAACCCUUCCGAAAUUGUGAUAAUGUUCCCCUUUAAUGUUGACUGUCUAACAACAUUGGCACAUAUAACAUGUGUGUCAUGGUUGUUUGUGUAAGAAUUUAUAUAUAUUUUUAAGUUUUGUGUAAGUAAUUAUAUAUGAUAUACAUAAUUACUGGUUCACAUUUGAAACAUCUUCUGGACCACUUCAGGGAGCAUAUUAUUUACUUUUAUACAUAAUUUGAACAGUUGUCUUUUAUUCACUUUUAAAAUAUGUGACUUUAUGAAUCAUUUGUUGUGUCUCUAUAAUCUAUUUUAUUAAUUAUCGUUAUUACUUUGUUUUAUGAUGAUUGUGUUGUGAUUUUUUUAAUGUAUGUCCCCAGACCUGUAUGCAAUAUAAAAGUGAGAGAAAAUGGCAGAUUUUUUUUAUGGAAGGAUGGUUUUGUUUUUUACAAACUUACAUUUGUGGAUAUAUAAAAUGAAUCCAGUAUUGUAUUUUAAACAUUUUUUAUGUUUUUUUUUUCCUUUUUUAACAUCCCCAAAACAACAUCAAUAUCAGUCAAAGUUUGGAGUGUCAGGCAAAAGCCAAUAUUGUACAUCAUCCCACAGAAAUUUACUUUGCAUACAUUCUUAAAAUAAACUAUUUUGUUUCCCUAUCACAGAAC